AUGUUGUAUUAAUUUUUGUAUUGUAAAGGAGCAACAAGAGGAGGAGGGCCUAAUUAUAGGCUGUUUGACUCUAUGCCGCACGAGAUGUGCCGCCCUUACGCACCGCAUGACGGAGCUCGGCACAUCGAGUUACAAUGCCGACGCUCACUAUGACAGCCCCGCUGGGGAGAGCCAAUACUCCACCUCUGAGCGCGGGGCCCGCCGAUGUUUAGGCCCACUGCAGGAUGAGGAAUAUCAGCGGUGGGCGGGGAGUGUUUGGGGGAGCCACUACGGAAGGAGGUCGAAGCCCGUUGUCGUGGAGAGUUUUGUCCAGGAUGGCGAUGGAGGCGCGGUGUUGAAAAGUGGCGGUGGUGUUAGAGCAGAGGGUUGUAAUGGUGAAUUAUCGGCGCCGAUGUAUUUGGAUACGAUCAAUUGUGGCGGUAUUGGUGAUGAUCUGAGGUUGUUUUCGCCAUCGGAAUUGCUGUUCACCUCCCCAUCGCAGCCGCUGCAGCAAGCCGCUUCAGCGCGGAUUAGUAGGCACGGCUUUCUUGGACUAAACCGGCAGUCUAGCGGGAGGUUGCAGUCGGACACGCCUUUGCCGGUACAUGCAGGUUUCCGAAAUGAGCCUGUCAUUGAGCGGGCCAACUCUGUGAAUGAUUAUGCUCAAGCAUAUGAAAACUUGCAGCUCCGUUGUGGUGAUAGACACAAUGGUCUCUCUCGGGCUCUUGACAGCAGUGCAAGUGACGGUGUACUGACCGAGGUGGAAGCUGAUCCUCCUAGUGAGUUUAAGGAGGAAUGGGCAAAUGGCACGAACCUCGAGACGGAGAACUGGAGAAAGUUUGGAGAUUUUGUGAUUGGAGAAGUGAAGCGAGAGGAAAGUGAAAAUAUUCAAGUGGCGGGACACAUACUAGAUGGAGUCAUGCCAAGACAGAAACCUAUACCUGGCAGACUGCAAGGACUUCCCGAGGACUACGGGGCUUCAGGAUCUACCUCACAAUCCGACUCUGACAGUGAGGAGUCCAAGAAAGAAGCAUUAAGCAGAAAGCGAAAAAGAGCGGGUCAUGAUGCCGAUGGCAAUGUAACAUGGACAGACGAGUCUGUCCGAUUCCUGUUCGAGGCAUACGAUGCCAUACACCAACGCUUAUGGGAAGAGAGUAAAGGCCAAGUCAAAUAUCAGAAGAAAUGGACACCCAUACUAAAAGCCAUGCAAGCAAGGUUUGGGAAUCAUUUCACUAAGAAGCAAUGCCAGAGCAAGUACUGGAGUGUUAGGCGUGAAUGUUCAGAAUACAGGAUUACCUCUGCCAAAGCUGCAGCAACCGAUCCAUUAUGGAACCCAAGCAUCGCAGGAAGAGAACUUCUAAAACCAAAGUUCUACAAUGUUUGGCUUGAGGUGUCAGGUAAGAACCUUGAAUCAAUGGUAACUAAAACGACAGGUUCUGCUGGCAGUAGAGAAAUUGCUGAACAGCUGAAGGGCAAGCCGUCAAAUGUACUGGGUAGAGAAAUGCAGCCUGUGAAGCAAAGAAUAAGCGACUCAAGUGCUGCAAUUAAGAAGAUGCAGCGCUUAAUGCUAGAGCAGCUUCAGGCAUCAGAUGAAAGAGAGGAGGUAAUGAAACACAGUGCGGAGCUGAUGAUGAACCUUUUAACACAACAUAUAGAGCAUGUUGAAACUAGAGUGACCUUCGCAAACGAAAGUCAAGCCCCACAACUACACUUACUGGAGGUAAUUGAUUUUAAGCUGGAGAAGGUUUUGGAAGGAUUUAGUACUUUGAAUCAGAAUCUCUCCUUGUUGUACUCUGCAUGAAUUGGGAACAAGUUGUAAUAGUCAAACAGUCCAUUAAUCUGUCUAUGGGCACAUUUAGUGGGUUACAUUUACUCGAGUCCGUUUUCAUCCCCUUAUUUCAAAAGCUAGGUGCAAACGAAGUCCCCUCAUCCAUCUUGUACCAUGGACUACAACCACAGCCAAAGGACUUUGAUUCUUGUUGCGAGGUUUGUAAUUAAAACUGAACAUCAGACUUAAACUGUGUGUUGCAUUGA